UUUCGAUGGCCUACGAUGGCCAGAUCGUGCGAGAUGCCGACCGGAAGGAUGGCGGCACUCCUUACCAUUCCGGGGUCCGUUCGGUAGGAUUUACUCCGGGGUCUCCCCCUCGCCGACCCCACGCCUCCACGCCUCCACUCCUGCAUGCCAAUGUGCUUUAUCAGCGCUGCGCUGUCGGCUUUCUAUUCCCCAGCGUCCCCUCUACGCACAUCUCGCUGUGAUGUCACUCGGAAUUCCCCCGGCUCGGUCAAGUCUCCGUUCUCAUGCAGCUAUGCCGCUUAAAAGAAGGUCUUCGUCGGGUACCCGACGCCUAUUCCUCGUCUCAAGCUCUUCUGAAGCUCCCACGACGCCUUGAUCUCAUGAUCUCAGUUGACUUCAUGAAAUUAUAAUAUAUCCUCACCAUGUCUCUGGCACAAAACCAUUACAUUGUGAAACUCCCAGUCACCCCGCAAACUCCCAGAGCCUUGGAUGUCCGUUCAAUUGCGCAACGAUGGAUCACAAACCUGGAGGCUUUGCUGAGCAAUGGAGAAUACUCUCGGCUUUCAGAGCUCAUGCAAGAAGAAUCUUGGUGGCGUGAUAUACUGGCAUUUGAAUGGGAUCUUCGUACAAUCCAGAACCGCAGCUCAAUUCAGGAGUUUCUCCACCGGAACCAACCCCGCUCGCAGCUUUCGGGAUUUCGGUUGCAGCAUGAAGGCAAAUUCCAACCUAAGCUGGAAAAACCGGCCGAAGGCCUGAGAUGGAUCUCCUCGAUGUUCUUUUUUGACACGCGUGUCGGACGCGGAACGGGUGUUCUUCGUCUGACUCAGGAUGAGGAUGGUGCAUGGAAGGCUUAUGCGAUAUAUACGUCGUUACAAGAAUUGAAGAACUUCGAAGAGCCUCUCAGUUCCAGACGGGCAGAAGGCACCAUUGAGUCUAUGCCCGGCGGCCUCAGCCGAGGAAACUGGCAGGAACGUCGGCAGAGGCAGAUCGAAUUUCUGGACGAAGAGCCAGCCACACUUGUCGUCGGCGCUGGACAGGCUGGUCUCAACACAGCUGCUCGCCUUCAGUCUCUGGGCGUUUCUUGUCUGGUUGUGGACAGAAACGAAAAAAUCGGGGACAACUGGAGAAAGCGAUACCGGACUCUUGUGACCCACGAUCCUGCAGAAUUCACCCAUAUGGCUUACCUUCCGUUUCCGAAAAACUGGCCUCAGUUCACCCCUAAGGACAAGCUCGCCGAUUGGUUCGAGGCAUAUGCAAGUAUCAUGGAGCUGAAUGUAUGGCUUCAAACUAGUAUAAAGUCUGCGGCAUAUGAUGAUACAAAGGCAGAAUGGACUGUUGUCGUCAGUCGGGGAGACGGAUCCGAGCGAACCCUUCAUCCACGCCAUUUGGUCUGGUGCACCGGUCACUCCGGUGAGCCGAAGAUUCCCACGUUUCCAGGUCAGGAAAAUUUCAAAGGAACCGUUUACCAUGGCAGCCAGCAUCAAGAUGCUUCCGGACAGGAUGUGAAGGGCAAGAGAGUUGUCGUCGUUGGAACUGGAAACAGUGGCCAUGAUAUUGCUCAGAACUUCUAUGAAAAUGGAGCAGAGGUGACCAUGCUGCAGCGCAGUGGUACUUACGUUGUCACAGCCGAGAAGGGGGUUUUUAUGAUGCAUGAAGGCCUUCACGAAGAACACGGUCCUCCCACCGAGGAAGCCGAUAUCAUCGACGAGAGUCUACCCUACCCCGUGCAAUUCGCGUUCGCGGUCAACUUCACCAAGAGAGCGUACGAGGCGGAGAAGAACAUCCUGGAAGGCCUGCGAAGAGCAGGAUUCGAGCUCGACUUUGGCAUUGAUGGAGCAGGAAUCAAGCGAGCUUACAUGACCCGUGGCGGAGGUUACUACAUCGAUGUCGGAUGCAGUUCCUUGAUUGCAGAUGGCAAGAUCAAGGUCAAGCGUAGUCCCGAAGGAAUUACUGGGUUCAACGAGCGGAGUCUAGUCCUGAAAGACGGCACUUCUCUCGACGCAGACAUUGUUGUUCUUGCUACAGGCUACGACAACAUGCGUACCACAGUCCGUAAAACAUUGGGUGAUCAGGUAGCUGAUCGGUGCAAAGACGUCUGGGAUCUCGACGAGGAGGGCGAAGUGAAUGCGAUGUGGCGCCCCAGCGGUCAUCCAGGCUUCUGGUACAUGGGUGGAAACCUCGCCAUCUGUCGGAUUUACUCCAAGUUCCUCGCUUUACAGAUCAAGGCUAGCGAGGCUGGUCUAGUAGCCGAAAGUCAGGCCCAGUCCAAGCUCUAAACUGGUCUGGCAGAGUCGUUUCAAUGACUGCAUAGAAGGGCCAAUAUCCGAGUAGAAGAUUAGACUCGAGAAGUGGUGAGACGAGACGUGACCUAUAGGUAAAUUGACAGAAUCAUAGAAC